AUGACGACAUGGCACAUCUUUUGUGUUUACCGGGUAAACAAUAUUGAAAAAAUCCCUGCCCAGUUUGUUGUUAAGCGUUGGACUAGGGACGUGCUUCCCAAAAGUAUAUUUUCUAUUGAGCGUCGAUACGGCGUUGACACCCGUCCACAAGCUGCUGCGAGAAGUCAGAUUCUUGAGAUUGUAACCGAAUGUGUAGACGCAUUAAGAAGUGAUGUUGGAGGACUUUCUACUUUCGCUGAGCAGAUAAAGGAACUGAAAUCCAAGUUACUAAAUGGAGGACCAGUUGAUGACGAAGCCAAGAAUGAUAACUAUGCUCCUGUUGAAGAAUUGCUUGGUGUUUCUUUAGAUGGGGACGUAACUCUCAACAAUCCAGACGGGAUCAGGAACAAAGGAUGCGGCAAAAGUCGACGAUUGUCUAGAGCAUCGCAGGAUGGAACGAGCAACUCUGCUGGCAAACCUCCCAAAACACCAAGGCUUUGCCGAACAUGUAUGAAGUACGUGACUGGGCAUGAUUCAAGAAAUUGCAAGAAAAAGAAGAAGAAUAAAUCGGGUAACGAGGAUGAGGACUCAAGCUCUGCGAGUCAGGAGUCCACUUGA